GGCAGACUGAGGCGAGCAAGGAAGGAAGGGAGAAGGGGACGGCAGGCAGUGCUGGAUGCAGCCGCCACGGGUGGAAGAGCAGCCCUCACACCACCACCGGCAGUAGCUUCUCCCCGGGGCGCAGCUUCGCCAGGGAGAGCCUCUGCCGAGCCCGAGCUGCUCCGGGAGGAGAGGAGGGAGCCGAGCCCCCUUGCAGCGGCGCGGGCGCGAUCCGAGUGCAAGCGGGGCGGGCGCAAAGCUCGAAGGAGGAAGGAGCUGCCGCCGCCGCCACGGUUGCCGGCAAGAUGCGGCUGGGCAGGCUGCUGUUGAGGUUCGCCCUGGGAUUUACCGUGCUGCUGGCCGCCGCCUCUUCUUCCCGCGGCGGAGGGGCUGCUGAUGGCAACUUGGAAACGGACUUCGCCGCCGCCGCCGCCGCUAAGGAAACCAACAGCAGAGCCAGCAGGGCCAAGAGGCGAGGGCAGGCGGGAGGCGCCGCGGGGCACGAUGCGCUGAAAGGACCCAAUGUAUGUGGAUCACGUUACAAUGCCUACUGCUGUCCUGGAUGGAAAACAUUACCUGGUGGAAACCAGUGCAUAGUCCCAAUUUGUAGACAUUCCUGUGGAGAUGGAUUUUGCUCAAGACCGAACAUGUGCUCAUGUCCAAAUGGCCAGAUUGCCCCAUCCUGUGGCUCCAAGUCAGUGCAACAUUGCAACAUCAGGUGUAUGAAUGGAGGCACGUGCAGCGAUGACCAUUGUCUCUGUCAGAAAGGGUACACAGGAACACAUUGUGGACAGCCUGUCUGUGAAGGUGGGUGCCUUAACGGUGGGAGAUGUGUUGCACCAAACAGAUGUGCCUGCACGUAUGGCUUUACUGGACCUCAGUGUGAAAGAGAUUAUAGGACAGGCCCGUGCUUCACGAUGGUAACCAACCAGAUGUGCCAGGGACAGCUCAGUGGGAUAGUCUGCACAAAAACCCUCUGCUGUGCAACUGUUGGGAGAGCAUGGGGCCACCCCUGUGAAAUGUGUCCAGCUCAGCCUCAUCCCUGCCGCCGGGGCUUCAUUCCAAACAUACGAACAGGGGCCUGUCAAGAUGUGGAUGAGUGCCAAGCUAUCCCUGGGAUCUGUCAAGGAGGAAAUUGCAUUAAUACUGUUGGAUCUUUUGAGUGCAAAUGCCCUGCUGGACACAAGUUUAAUGAAGUGACACAAAAAUGUGAUGAUAUUGAUGAGUGCAGUACCAUCCCUGGAAUCUGUGAAGAGGGAGAAUGUUCCAACACAGUUAGCAGUUACUUUUGCAAAUGCCCUUCUGGAUUUUACACAGCCCCAGAUGGCUCCAGGUGCAUAGAUGUACGCCCUGGAUAUUGCUUUUCUUCUCUCACCAAUGGCCGCUGUGGCAACCAGCUCCAGCAGGUGUUAACCAAAACACAGUGUUGUUGUGAUUCUGGACGAUGCUGGUCUCCUGGAGCAACUAGCGCCCCAGAAAUGUGUCCCAUUCGUGCCACUGAGGAGUUCCGCAAAUUGUGUGCGUUUGCCGGUCUGAUGCCUGCAAGACCAGAAGUCCCUGGCAUUCCUCCUGUCUUUCCACCUGAUAGAUAUCCGCCAGUUUUCCCACCAGAUGUUGUUGUGCCAUCUCGUAGACCAAUACCAGAUAUUGGAACAGUCAAUCUCACUCGACCUCUGGACAACAUCUGUCAGUUAUAUCAAAAUCUCUGCGUUAAUGGACGGUGUAUCCCAACUCCUGGAAGUUAUCGCUGUGAAUGUAAGAAAGGAUUUGAACUGGACCUUAGAGGAGAGUGCAUUGACGUUGAUGAAUGCGAGAGGAAUCCCUGUAUUGGUGGAGACUGUGUGAAUACGCAAGGUUCCUAUAUAUGCAAGUGUCAUCCUGGAUAUCAAAGUACCCUGAUGAGAACAGAAUGCCGAGAUAUUGAUGAAUGCUUGCAGAAUGGACGGAUAUGUAACAAUGGGAGGUGCGUAAACACAGAUGGCAGUUUCCACUGUGUUUGCAAUGCUGGCUUUCACGUAACAGCUGAUGGGAAAAACUGUGAAGAUAUGGAUGAAUGUAGCAUACGGAAUAUGUGUCUUAACGGCAUGUGCAUCAAUGAAGAUGGAAGUUUUAAGUGUAUUUGCAAACCUGGUUUUCAGUUAGCUUCAGAUGGACGUUACUGUAGAGACAUCGAUGAGUGUGAGACACCUGGAAUAUGCAUGAACGGGCGCUGUGUGAACACUGAAGGCUCCUUCCGAUGUGAAUGCCUCCCUGGCCUUGCUGUUGGGCUGGAUGGGCGCGUGUGUGUUGAUACACAUAUGCGCAGCACAUGCUAUGGUGAAUACAGGAGAGGUCAAUGUGUUAAACCAUUAUCUGGAGCAGUUACUAAAUCAGAAUGUUGUUGCGCCAGCACUGACUAUGCAUUUGGAGAACCUUGCCAACCUUGUCCUGCACUAAGCUCAGAUGAGUAUCGUGCUCUUUGCAGCAGUGGGCCAGGUAUUACAGCAACAGGAAAAGAUAUCAACGAAUGCGCAUUGGAUCCUGACAUUUGUCCCAAUGGAAACUGUGAAAAUCUGCGUGGAACAUACAAAUGCAUCUGUAAUUUUGGGUAUGAAGUAGAUUCAACUGGGAAAAACUGCUUAGACAUUGAUGAGUGCUUCUUGAACCCAUUGCUUUGUGACAAUGGACAAUGCAGAAACACCCCUGGAAGCUUUACUUGCACCUGCCCCAAGGGAUACAUAUACAAGCCUGAUCUACAAACAUGUGAAGAUAUUGAUGAGUGUGAAUCCAGCCCCUGUGUUAAUGGAGUGUGCAAAAAUACUCCUGGCUCAUUUGUCUGUGAAUGUUCCCCUGAAAGUUCCUUGGAUGCAUCAAAAACCAUCUGCAUUGAAACUGUUAAAGGCACAUGUUGGCAGACCAUUGUGAAUGGGAGAUGUGAGAUAAAUAUCAAUGGGGCCACUCUAAAAUCUGAGUGCUGUUCUUCGCUGGGUGCUGCUUGGGGUAGUCCCUGUGUUCCAUGUGACCGAGAUCCAAUCUGUUCAAAAGGAUUCUCAAGGAUAAGAGGAACAGUGUGUGAAGAUGUAAAUGAGUGUGAAGUGUUUCCUGGAGUGUGCACAAAUGGGCAGUGUUUCAACACUAUGGGAUCCUUUGUCUGCCAGUGUCCCAAUGGAAUGACCUUGGAUGCAACUGGACGGAGGUGUAUUGAUAUUCGUUUGGAGACGUGCUACUUGAAACACGAUGAUGAAGACUGCACGUCGCCAAUAGGAGGGCGGCAUCGGAUGGAUGCUUGCUGCUGUUCUGUUGGUGCAGCGUGGGGCCCUGACUGUGAUGAAUGCCCUCCAAAGGCAACACCUGAAUAUGAAGCACUUUGCCCAAGAGGGCCCGGAUUUUCUACCAGAGGAGAGAUAAUAAAUGGAAAACCAUUUUUCAAAGAUAUCAAUGAAUGCAAAAUGAUUCCACGCCUUUGCACCUAUGGAAAAUGCAGAAACACCAUUGGCAGUUUCCGAUGUAAAUGUGACAGUGGGUUUGCACUUGAUUCCGAAGAGAGGAACUGCACAGAUAUUGAUGAAUGUCGCAUCUCUCCUGAUCUGUGUGGCCAAGGACUUUGUGUCAACACCCCUGGAGACUUCUAUUGUGAAUGCUUUGAGGGCUAUGAAAGUGGAUUUAUGAUGAUGAAAAACUGCAUGGACAUUGAUGAAUGUGAAAGAAAUCCUCUAUUGUGCAGAGGCGGCGUUUGCAUAAACACUGAAGGAAGCUUCAGAUGUGAUUGUCCUCCAGGUCAUCAGUUGGCUCAGAACAUCUCUGCGUGUAUAGACAUUAAUGAAUGCGACCUGAGUGUAAAUCUGUGCAGAAAUGGGCGUUGUGUCAACCUCAUUGGAAAGUACCAGUGUGCCUGCAAUCCUGGAUAUCAGUCCACGCCUGACAAAUUGUUCUGUGUUGAUAUUGAUGAAUGCAGCAUAAUGAAUGGUGGCUGUGACACAUCCUGUACAAAUUCAGAAGGCAGCUAUGAGUGUAGCUGUAGACAAGGAUUUGCGCUAAUGCCAGACCACAGAACCUGCACUGAUAUUGAUGAGUGUGAAGACAAUCCUAACAUCUGUGAUGGGGGACAGUGUACUAACAUACCUGGAGAAUACAGGUGUCUUUGUUAUGAUGGAUUCAUGACAUCUGAAGAUAUGAAGACUUGUUUAGAUGUUAAUGAAUGUGACCUGAACCCAAACAUCUGUCUGAGUGGAAGCUGUGAGAAUACAAAAGGCUCCUUUAUCUGUCACUGUGAUAUGGGCUAUUCUGGCAAAAAAGGAACAACUGGUUGCACGGAUAUUAAUGAGUGUGAAAUUGGAGCCCAUAAUUGUGACCGGAAUGCUAUCUGUACAAACACAGCUGGAAGUUUCAAAUGCAGUUGCAGCCCAGGUUGGCUUGGAGAUGGUAUCAAAUGUACAGACAUCGAUGAAUGCUCCAAUGGGACGCACAUGUGCAGCCCACAUGCUGAUUGCAAAAACACCAUGGGAUCAUACCGUUGCCUGUGUAAAGAAGGGUACACUGGGGAUGGAUUCACAUGUACAGAUAUUGAUGAAUGUUCGGAAAACUUGAAUCUCUGUGAAAAUGGUCAGUGCCUCAAUGCCCCAGGAGGUUAUCGCUGUGAAUGUGAUAUGGGAUUUUUGCCAAGCGCAGAUGGGAAAGCCUGUGAAGAUAUUGACGAGUGCACCCUUGCCAACAUAUGUGUCUAUGGGACUUGCCACAAUCUCCCUGGCCUGUUCCGAUGCCAGUGUGAGACAGGAUAUGAAUUGGACAGAAGUGGUGGUAAUUGCACAGAUAUCAACGAGUGUGCAGACCCCACAACUUGUAUCAGUGGCACUUGCCUCAAUAUACCUGGCAGUUACACCUGUGAGUGCCCUCCAGAUUUCGAACUGAACCCCACUCGUGUUGGAUGUGUUGAUACACGCUCUGGCUACUGUUACUUGGAAAUUAAACCUCGGGGAGAUAAUGGAGAUACAGCUUGCAGCAAUGAAAUUGGGGUUGGAGUUUCUAAAGCAUCAUGCUGCUGUUCCCUUGGUAAAGCUUGGGGGAUUCCCUGUGAACAGUGCCCAGCUGUGAACUCAACUGACUACAAGAUGCUGUGUCCUGGAGGAGAAGGAUUCCGACCAAAUCCUAUUACAGUUAUUUUGGAGGAUAUUGAUGAGUGUCAAGAACUACCUGGACUUUGCCAAGGGGGACAAUGUAUCAAUUCAUUUGGUAGCUUUCAGUGUCAGUGUCCAUCUGGCUACUAUUUGAAUGAAGACACCCGAGUAUGCGAUGAUAUUGAUGAAUGUACUACACCUGGCAUCUGUGGGCCUGGUACUUGUUACAACACCAUUGGAAACUACACAUGCAUUUGUCCUCCUGACUACAUGCAAGUCAAUGGAGGAAAUAAUUGUAUGGAUAUGAGGAGGAGUCUAUGCUACAGAAACUUUUAUGCUGACAAUCAGACCUGUGAUGGAGAGCUUCUCUUUAACAUGACCAAAAAAAUGUGCUGCUGUUCCUACAACAUUGGUCGAGCCUGGAAUAGGCCUUGUGAACAAUGCCCAAUCCCAAAAACUGAUGAAUUUUCAACCCUCUGUGGAAGUCAAAGGCCUGGUUUCCUCAUAGACAUUUUUACAGGGUUACCAGUUGAUAUCGAUGAAUGCCGUGAGAUCCCUGGUGUGUGUGAGAAUGGAAUCUGCAUAAACCUGGUUGGCAGUUUCAGAUGCGAAUGUCCAGGGGGGUUCUUCUAUAAUGACAAGUUACUGAUCUGUGAAGAUAUUGAUGAAUGCCAAAAUGCACAUGUGUGUCAACAAAAUGCAGAAUGCGUCAACACACCUGGCAGUUUCCGCUGUGAUUGCAAGCCUGGUUAUCGGUUCACACCAGUAGGCCGGUGUGUUGAUCGCAAUGAGUGUCUAGAGAUACCCAAUAUUUGUAGUCAUGGUGAUUGCCAAGACAUAGAGGGAGGUUACAUCUGUCGUUGCCAUACUGGAUUCAAAACCAAUGAAGACCAAACUAUGUGUAUGGAUAUCAAUGAAUGUGAACGAGACCCAUGUGGAAAUGGCACAUGCAUGAAUACGGUUGGUUCUUUCAACUGCCGCUGUCAUACAGGAUUCAUACUCUCUCACAAUAAUGACUGCAUAGAUGUUGAUGAAUGUGCCACUGGAAAUGGAAAUCUGUGCAGAAAUGGCCGAUGCAUCAACACUGUUGGGUCUUUCCAGUGUGUCUGCAAUGAUGGUUAUGAGAUGUCUCGAGAUGGAAGGAUCUGUGUUGAUAUCAAUGAGUGCGCACUGCAUCCUGGUAAAUGUUCACCCGGUACAUGUCAAAAUCUGGAUGGCUCAUACAGAUGCAUCUGUCCCCCUGGAUACAUCCUACAAAAUGACAGCUGUAGUGAUAUUGAUGAGUGUGUGGAAGAGGCAGAGCUCUGUGUCUUGGGCACAUGCAGCAAUACUCCAGGCAGCUUCAUUUGCCUGUGCCCUGAAGGGUUUAUAGUAUCCUCAACUGGACGAAGAUGUCAAGAUUUGAGAGUAAGCUACUGCUUUACUAAAUUUGAAGAUGGGAAAUGUUCAGUUCCAAAAUCCAGAAACCAUUCUAAGCAAGAGUGCUGCUGCAAUAUGCGUGGGGAAGGGUGGGGUGACCCAUGUGAACUAUGCCCAGAAGAAGGAGAAGAAGCUUAUAGUCAAAUAUGCCCAUUCGGAUCUGGCAUUCUGGUUGGCCCUGCUGGCGAACCAGUUGAUGCGAAUGAGUGUCUGGAUCCAGAUAACUGUAAGAAUGGACAGUGUAUCAACACAGAUGGCUCCUUCCGCUGUGAGUGCCCCUUUGGUUACCUACUGCAGGGAUCUGAAUGUGUAGACACUAAUGAAUGCUCUGUAGGAAACCCAUGUGGAAAUGGAACAUGUACGAAUAUUAUUGGAAGUUUUGAAUGUACUUGUGAGGAAGGGUUUGAGCCAGGACCAAUGGUGACAUGCGAAGAUAUAAAUGAAUGUGCUCAGAAUCAUCUUCUUUGUGCCUUCCGAUGUGUGAACACGUUUGGAUCAUAUGAAUGCAAAUGUCCUGCAGGCUACAUCCUCAGAGAAGACAAGCGAAUGUGCAAAGAUCAGAACGAGUGUGAAGAUGGAAUUCAUGACUGUGACUCAAAGCAAAUGAUAUGUAAAAACCUGAUAGGCACAUACAUGUGUAUAUGUGGACCAGGAUUUCAGCCUAGACCAGAUGGUGAAGGUUGCAUGGAUGAGAAUGAAUGCCAAACUAAACCCGGAUUGUGUGAAAAUGGACGAUGCCUAAAUACACAAGGAAGUUUCCGAUGCGAAUGCCAGGAUGGUUUCACCGUCAAUGAAGCUCAGAAUGAAUGCAUAGACAACAGAGAAGGCUACUGCUUCACUGAAGUGCUACAGAGUAUGUGUCAGAUUGGAUCAAGCAACAGGAACCCCGUGACCAAAUCGGAAUGCUGCUGUGAUGGUGGGCGAGGAUGGGGACCCAACUGUGAGAUCUGCCCCUUCCUGGGCACUGUAGCCUUUAAAAAACUUUGUCCUCAUGGCCACGGAUAUACGACCACUGGAGAAGAUAUUGACGAGUGCAAGGUUAUUCAUGAUGUGUGCCGGAAUGGAGAAUGCAUCAAUGAGAGAGGAUCAUAUCGCUGUCAUUGUAAAGAGGGCUACACUACAGAUAUAACAGGCACACUCUGUAUUGAUCUGAAUGAAUGCAACCUGUCUCCAAAGCCUUGCAAUUUUAUUUGCAAAAAUACAGAGGGUAGUUAUCAGUGCUCAUGUCCAAAAGGAUACAUCUUGCAGGAUGAUGGGAGAAGCUGCAAAGAUCUUGAUGAGUGUGCAACCAAGCAACACAACUGCCAAUUCCUUUGUGUCAACACCAUUGGGGGCUUCACUUGUAAAUGUCCUCCUGGAUUUACUCAACAUCAUUCAGCAUGUAUUGAUAACAACGAAUGCGCUACUGAUGUUAAUCUUUGUGGAUCUAAGGGUAUUUGCCAAAACACACCUGGAAGCUUUACCUGUGAAUGCCAGCGUGGCUUUUCACUUGACCAAACCGGUGCCAGCUGUGAAGAUGUUGAUGAGUGCGAUGGAAAUCAUCGAUGCCAACAUGGUUGCCAGAACAUAAUUGGAGGAUACAGGUGCAGUUGCCCGCAGGGAUAUCUCCAGCAUUACCAGUGGAACCAGUGUGUCGAUGAAAAUGAAUGCCUCAGUGCCCAUGUUUGUGGCGGAGCAUCUUGCCACAACACUUUGGGGAGCUACAAAUGCAUGUGCCCUACUGGAUAUCAUUUUGAACAGUUCAGUGGAGGUUGCCAAGAUGUCAAUGAAUGUGGAUCCUCACAAGCCCCAUGUAGCUAUGGUUGCUCAAACACAGAAGGUGGUUAUGUCUGUGGAUGCCCACCUGGGUACUUCCGAAUAGGACAAGGACAUUGUGUUUCUGGAAUGGGACUAGGCAAGGGUCAUGGCCAAGAUCUGUCAAUCAGCAGUGAAGUAGAUGACAAUUCACUUUCUCCAGAAGCAUGCUAUGACUGUAAAAUCAACGGCUAUCCUAAAAGAGGAAGGAAACGGCGAAGCACAAAUGAAACAGAUGCCCUUGAUGCAGAGGAUCAGCCUGAGGUGGAGGCAGAAGUUAGCCUUGCCAGCUGGGAUAUUGAAAAACCAGCCACCCUUUCUUUCAACAUCUCUGAUCUUAAUAACAAAGAUCGCAUCUUGAAACUGAUCCCUGCUCUUACAACACUAACAAAUCACAACCGAUAUUUAAUAGACUACGGGAAUGAAGAUGGCUUCUUUAGGAUAAAUCAGAAAGAAGGAGUAAGCUUCCUUCACUUAACGAAGAAGAAGCCAGUGCCUGGAACCUACUCAUUACAGAUUAGUAGUGUUCCACUCUAUAAAAAGAAGGAACUCAGUCAGCUUGAAGAUAAACAUGACAAAGACUACCUCAGUGGUGAGCUAGGAGACAACCUGAAAAUGAAAAUUGAAAUUUUGCUUCAUUAAUUCACCAAACAGAGACCAAAUAAUUAAAGCCAAAGAUAGCUAUUUGAGACUUGAAUGUUUUAUUUCCCAAUAAGGUUCUCCAUAUCACAGGUACAACCUUUCAUGAAUACAUUUGAAUAUGUGAGCACUAUUCCAUUUUGAAAUAAGCAAGGUACAGGGAGAAAACUGUAGCUCACAACAACCACUUUCUCAGGCUUCUUGUAAGUAUACUUACCUUGAUAUGCUGAAUCUUGAAUACCUGGACUGCUGUUGGAAGUUGGCCACUGAUGCCAAGGCAAUAUCCUAUCAGCAGUGAUAGGAAGUUCCAUCCUUGGAUUCUUCUGUUUUGUUUUUUUAAACAAUCUUAAAAUCCGCUUCUCCAGCUACAACUUAUUAGGUCAGCCGUUUAUGAUAUCAGUUUGGUGCUAGAAAAUGUCCAACCUAGAUUUUAUAAAUGCACUGUAAUAUAUACACAACUUAGAAACCAAAGAAACUGCAAUUACUCCAUCUAAAUACAUCAGCCAACCAAAGUUUAUCUCAGUAGUUUAUCUCAGUUAUAUCUAUAAUACAGUACAUGUAAAUUAAGUGUGUGUAUACUGUAACCACGCUAUUUUUAUCCAUGAAACAUUUGUAAACUAGAAUAAUAAUACCCUUGACGUGAGGGUUUAUAAUGGUGCUUAUAAGAUCAACUACUUAAAUGUAUACACAAAUUUGGUCAUAACAUUUCUGUGACAAUCAAAGUGCACUGGGGUUAGUGGGGACCAUUAAACAUUCUCAGAAGUCACAUGACACAGUGCCAUCCACAGUUACACCAUGACAUAAUGUAACACAUGUCAAAGAGUACCUACCAUCAUUCAUAUCAAUAAGAGUUCAAUGUCAAAUGUCACAAUAAAACAGUUUUUUUAGUUCA